CGGACAUCCGCGUCGCGACGCCGGUCCGGCGCCGCCGUCGUCUUCACUAGGGUGCGAAAUCCGCGGGACGCGUUUGCUCCGGGGGGACGAGUUAGUUUCGUUUUCCGAAAAACUUUUCGCGGGUGGUGCCGUGGUGGAAACUAUAGGCUUCGGACACAGUACCCCCCGGGCUCAUAUACCAAACGGCGAUGGACGAGAAAAAGCAAUACUCCGCGCUGACCAUCGACAGGGCUGCGUUCCUUCUGCUGAGGGUGAAGAAGGCGUUCAAAAAGAAAAAACUGCAAAGGAAAGAGAGGGAACGAAACGCUCAAUUGGCCGCAGCGAGCAGGACAGAUCAGCGAGCGUCCUGCGUCGGUAUAGAAAGUUCCGGUCGACGACAACCACCUCCGUUGCUGAGGUCCAGGACGCUACCAGCCAUCGUGGUGCCUGGCGUCAACAUACUGCAGGCGCAGUUGGGUAACUACAAGCAAGACGGAAGCGCCUCGUUGAAGCCGAACCUCUCGGCCCGUCUAUCUGCCGCCAGAGUCUCUUUCAGCAGGGACGACUCGUAUGACGUGCGAAGGAAAUCGGCAAUCAGCAGACUCUGCGGCAACGGCAGUUAUGGGCCGGAACGCGGUGAAGAUGGUACCCUGGUCCUCAGGGUACCAGCACCACAUGUGGUCGCCGCUAGGGCCUACCGCAUGCCUUUCCCGCAGCACCAGCCGCAGCAAGGAGGCAGCACGCCUCUGUUCAAAAUUGGAAAACUGCUCACCCAGGGCGGAUCGCGUACACAGAUGGUCGUAGACGAUGCGAACGUCAUCAGAAGGUUGAGCUGGGAAAGGGAUAUACUGUUUCAAUUAAGGGACAUCCUUAAGAUGUCUCAAGGAUAUGCGAUGUUACUAAAUGGAACGUCCACAGAUACUUAG